UUCUCUUCUACACCACACAAGUAAUAUACUAAAAAAAUAGUAUAUUACUUACUUACAUUUGGUGUCUCUGGCACAGAAGGUGUUAACCCUGCUGAAGAUUGAUCUGGGUAAAGUUUCAUCCCGUUUUUCGACCUGUGUGCGUCCUAACAAGUGUCGGUGCGAAAGCAGGAUGUUUGUAACUACGCACCACAGUACAGGGGUCCAGUGAGAAGGGAGCUGGUGAAGCUUAGAGUUUUAAAUAAUAUAUGUAUGUAUAUAACCUAUUUAUGUCUCGGAUAAUAAACCGUGUCACUCUUCAGCUGCGAAGAGAUUUAACGGCGUGUCGAAGGAUUGAUCGACUUCCUUUGAGGACAAUCUGCUGUACUGCAAGAAAACACGCUGAAAACAGUGAUGCAUCCACAGUUUUGGGAAAGCAAUGGAAGGACACUACAGAAACAGUCAUCAUCGGUGGUGGAUGUGUGGGGGUCAGCCUGGCGUACCAUCUGGCCAAAGGUGGCAUGAAGGAUGUGGUGCUGCUGGAGAAAUCUGAGCUGACAGCUGGAUCCACCUGGCAUGCUGCGGGUUUGACAACAUAUUACCAUCCAGGCAUCAACCUGAAGAAAGUCCACUAUGACAGCAUUAAACUAUACGAGAGCCUGGAGGCUGAAACUGGACAGGCAGUAGGUUUUCAUCAGCCGGGCAGUGUUCGAAUUGCUUCAACGCCGGUUCGAGUGGAUGAGAUGAAGUACCAGAUGACCCGAACACACUGGCAUGUGACGCCACAGUUCCUCAUCGGACCAGAGAAAAUCCAAGAACUUUUCCCUUUGAUCAACAUGGACAAGGUUUUGGCAGGUCUGUACACCCCAGGAGAUGGCCACAUUGACCCUUACUCUCUGACUAUGGCUCUGGCUGCUGGGGCUCGUAUGUAUGGAGCCCAGAUCUACACCCGAGCCCCAGUCACCGCCCUUAGUCCAACCGCUGAUGGCAAGUGGGAUGUCCAGACUCCUCAUGGGACAGUCCGUGCAAAUCGCAUCGUUAAUGCAACAGGUUUCUGGGCCCGGGAGGUGGGCAAGAUGAUUGGAUUUGAACAUCCCACCAUUCCAGUGCAUCACCAGUAUGUAGUGACAGCAACAGUGCCAGAGGUGAAGGCUCUGAAGAAGGAACUGGCUGUCAUCAGAGACCUGGAGAGCUCGUACUACCUGCGCCAGGAAAGAGACGGCCUGCUCUUUGGCCCGUAUGAAAGGGAGGACAAGAUGGUGCUGCAGGACUCCUGGGUCAGAGAUGGGGUGCCUCCAGGUUUCGGAAAGGAGCUGUUUGAGUCGGACCUUGACAGGAUAAUGGAGCAUGUUGAGAUGGCCAUGGAGAUGGUCCCUGUGCUGAAGAAGGCUGACAUCCUCAACACUGUGUCUGGACCAAUCACAUACACCCCUGACCUGCUGCCCAUGGUGGGACCACACAGAGGAGUCCGUAACUACUGGACUGCCAUUGGCUUUGGGUAUGGAAUUAUCCAUGUCGGUGGUAUCGGCAAGUUCCUGAGUGACUGGAUUAGGAAUGGAGAGCCUCCCUAUGACCUGAUUGAAUGUGACCCCAACCGCUAUGGCAAAUGGACAGACGUGCCUUUCAUGUGUGCCAAAGCUCGAGAAUCCUAUGGCUUCAACAACGAGGUUGGUUACCCCAAAGAGGAGCGUUUUGCCGGCCGGCCAACCAGCCGAACAAGCGGUGUUUAUGAACUGCUGAAGGAUAAAGCAUCCAUGGGCUUUCACGCGGGCUGGGAACAACCUCACUGGUUUUACAAACCUGGAGAUAUCACUGGAUACAAGCCAAGUUUUCGACGCAUAAACUGGUUCAACCCAGUUGGCAGGGAGUGUAAGCUGGUGAUGGAGAAGGUGGGAGUGAUCGACCUGACACCUUUUGGCAAGUUCAUAGUGAAGGGGAAGGACUCACACAGGCUGCUGGACCGCCUGUUUGCCAACACUAUGCCCAAGGUAGAGCACAAUUACUCAAAGUGUCUAUUGUUUUGUUGCUGUAGAUGUGAAUAUUGUAAAGUGUAUCCACAGGAUUUUGACCAUUUUAACUCCCACCAUUACGCUAGUGUUGCACAAAUAGUCAUAUUCUCUGGACACAUCAAUCAGCUCCAGAACUCUCGCAUGGUGAUCCAGGAGAGAGACCGUGUGAUCAAAGAGCUGGAGGAGAAAGUGGCGUUCUUGGAAGCUGAGAACCGAGAAAUGCAUGACCAGAUGGACUACUUCCUGGGGGAACAAAGGUCAAAUCCCUACUCUUCAUCGGAGCAUACUCCCCAGAUCGUCUAUAGGGUCACAAUGUGUGUGUGUGUGUGUGUGUGUGUGUGUUUAGGUGAACUUGGCUGGGAGCUGUACAUUGACCAGAAGAACAUGGCAGCUGUGUACCGGGCUGUGAUGGAAGCAGGAAAAGAUGAGGGCAUCGAUAAUUUCGGCACCUAUGCCAUGUCCUCCCUCAGACUGGAAAAAGGCUUUAGAGGCUGGGGGGCUGAGAUGAACUGCGAUACCAACCCUCUGGAGGCUGGAUUGGAUUAUUUCAUCAAACUGAACAAGCCUGUUGACUUUAUUGGCAAAGCAGCCCUUCAGGAAAUCAAAGCCAAGGGCCUGAAGAGGAAACUGUCCUACAUCAAACUGGAUUCAAAUGAUAACGACCCAGAGGGCAACGAAACCAUCUGGCACAAUGGCAAGGUGGUCGGCAACACGACGUCCGGGGCCUACAGCUACAGCAGCCAGCAGAGCCUCGCGUUCGCCUAUCUGCCUCUGGAGCUGUGCUCUGUAGGUCAGAAGGUGGAGGUGGAACUGCUGGGGAGGAAACACCCUGCCGUGGUCAUCCAGGAACCUUUAGUCCUCACUGAGCCCACACGAACACGGCUGCAGAGGAAAACAAAGGGCUAAGCAUAAGCAUAGGCUGACUUCAACCAGUUUGUCACCAGCUAAUGAAGGAUGAUCUGGAACGGUUAUGAUGGCUGAAGCUGUUAUGAAGAGAAAUCGGGUGUUUAUGAGCUGAAGUGUCUGGAGUUCAGUGACCAGUUUAGGAAAAAAGAGCCGCACUCAACACUUCACAGCAUCUUCCUAUUUUGUCUGGAUGAGGCUAAAAACAUCUGAGAAUGCAAAGUUCAGUGUUGUGAAUGUAUUUUUUAAGAAAUAACACGUGUCCUUACACCACAAUGUUGGGAGAGUAAUUGACUUUUUUUAAAUUUCAUGAAUGAACAUUAAAGGUUUACAGGUCAUCAGGUUUUGUGAAGAAUGCUUCACCUUUUUUCCAAAUGGGUCAAAUGCAAUCUGAAUUCUGUCUAUUUGAAAUUCAGAUUAAGCUUUUUGUAGUCACUUUGGCACAGUGACAAAUGAACAAAUGAACAAGAAAAGUACUGAACAACAAUAACCAAAAGAAACAAUGUUUGCAAAAUUGUACAGAUUUAUUUCUGAAUCAGUUUUUACUAAUAUGUAAUUGGUGUACAUUACUAUGAUAAUUAAAGAAAUGAAGGAAUUCCCAUAAACUACUUGAUAUUGGGUGUUUGUGUGCGGUAGGAUAAAAGCCCUGGAGGCUUCCUCCAUCUUCUCUCCAUUUACUCCAGCCUACUUCCUUUUACUUUUCUUUAUUUGGGAUUACAAGAACAGGGACAACAAAUCCAUGUCUUCUUUAUUCUUUGGCCCUUGAUGUAAAGA